AUGGAUCUAAAGAGUGAAAACUCAUCAAAUGGUUGGACAACAACAGACAUCAACUUGGAGAAGUUACACAAGAUAGCUACAGAGCUGAUACUGCCGGGAAGAUUCCUUUUUAAACUUCUGAACGGUGCUCUGGUGUUUGUGACUAACCUAAUGGCCAGAAUUUUAGGAAGCAACACUAUCAGGCGACAUUUCCAUCUGAUGCUGUCUGCUGUGGUUCUGUUUGGGCCUGUGCUGAGUUUCUGGGCAUCUAAGUACAGCAUCUUCGCAAACAGCAACCACUAUCUGUACAGGAAGUUCCUUAAGUCCACAUGGGGUUGGACCAGCAUCUUCACAGCUUCCUUCAUCCUCCUCCUCUCCCUCUCAGCUCGUCACUCCCUGUCUCUCUGCCUGCGCCACCUCUCUCGGAUAGGGCUUGUGGGGCUGCUCUGGUGGGUCUGUAAGCGCCUCCUGACUCUGCUGGAGGAUGCAGCGGGGACUUGUUAUGAACCCAUGGCUCCUGGUCAGGACACACAGAGCUCUGCCUCCUCAGGACAGACAUUACUGCUCCUUCAUGAAGACCAGACCAAAGCCUCUUGCCUCAGAGCCAACAUGCUGUGGAGAGGUUAUGAAGUAUCCCAGGACGUCCUCAUCCUCUGCCUGUGUUGCCUCCUGCUUGUCGAGGAAUUGUCUGUAUUUGGCCCUUGCCUGGCCCGAGCAAAGCCCCAGCAGAGGUCCCCAGGUGGUGCCCCGUUGAGGUUCGUCUUCCUCCUCUGUGUGGUUCUGCUGGCUGUGUGGAUUUCACUGCUGCUGUGUUUGCUCACCCAUUUCCCCACAUUUCCCUCCCAGCAGCUGGGAGGAGCUCUAGGCUACCUGGGAUGGAGAGGACUCUAUCAGGGAUGGUAUAGACUCAAACCUAGCUGGGGCUGUCCUGGUUUGCCAGGAGAGGGACUUUUCACCACCACAUAUGGUGACGGACAAUCACAAUAGUAUGAAACAUUGAAAAAAAAAUGUUUUGGGGAUGACAUUUUGUAGUUCAAAGCUGAGGAUGUUUUGGAAAGUGAAAAAGUGUUCUCAUUAAGAUUGUGAGGAGAAUGUAGGUGUAGUA